AUGCAUGCGACGCUGGAAAAGGAUACGGCGCUGCUGAUCUCUGCUACCCUCGAGACCAUCGCGAACCCAUCACGGGCUGGCAUGAAGCUCGCCGCCACCCUCAUCGGACUCUCCUUCGCCACCCUCGGCGCCGCCCAGGCUGCCCUUUGCGAGGUUAUGUGCUUCAACGAGGUCAUGAACCACCCCGAUGCCGCCACUUGCGAGGAGCCCGACAUGUACUACUGCUUCUGCCGCGUGCCCUCUCUCUCCCAGGCCUACAGGAACUGCGCUUGCCGCACCUGCCCCUCCGUCCUUAACCAGGUCAUCGACGACGGCCUCGAUCUUUGCGAGGAGCUCGACUCCCCCAUCGUCAACUUUGACCGCACCUGCCCUUAA